ACUGUCUGGUUGGUUUCAGCAAUUUAACUGGCAGAGGUUUGGAUUUUUUCUGUCAAAUAAAAGUUAGUAGAUCCAUUUCCGUUCCACCCGCUUUUACCUAUAUCGAUGACAAUGUUUGGCUCUUGAGCCUUUUGAUUGAGCGAACUUGUCUCAGGCUUUAGAUGAUCGGCAAUCCGUUCAGCAUUCUGAACUUGAUUAUGGAUAAUCUCGCUAUUCUGACUGCUCCAGAACCGGAAAGAUCGUUUGGGCACCGGAAGUUGUAUGAUAUUCCAAAACUUCAUGGAAGUCCUUCCCUUGAAAAGCCGGAGAAGGACCUAGAUUCAAAAAGUGGACAAAAAUCUCAGCGCUGCGAAGGUUCGGACCUGUUCCCCGUGAUCAGCAAGAGCGUAAUUGGAACCCAAUUGGUAUUCCGUUCUCCGUUCGGAAAUCGUCGUGUUGUAUACUGCGAUUACACUGCGUCGGGCAGAUCACUUUCUUUCAUAGAGGACUAUAUCCGUGAUCAAAUACUGCCGCAUUAUGGAAACACUCAUACUACCAUUUCGGUGACAUCCCUUCAAACCACACUGUUUCGGGAAGAAGCGCGCUCCAUCAUACGCAAUUCCGUGAAUGCUGCGGAAAGCGAUGCCGUCCUGUUUGUGGGCUCGGGAUGCACGGGCGCCAUGCAUAAGCUCAUACGAGCGAUGAAUUUAAAAGAGCCAGCGGUUGUUUUUGUAGGCCCAUUUGAGCACCAUUCUGUUUUACUUCCGUGGCGGGAGAGCGGCAGCGAAGUUAUUUUAAUUCCGGAAAAUGAGGAAGGAACGAUUGAUACAGUAUUCCUGGAGGAUGCAUUGAAAAAGCAUUCGGGAAGCAAGCGUCAGUUAAUUGGUUGCUUUUCCGCGGCUUCCAAUAUUACUGGAAUUAUGUCGGAUACCACGCUGAUAACCGUUUUGCUCCAUCGUUAUAGUGCGCUAGCUAUUUGGGAUUAUGCAGCAGCUGCUCCUUACAACGAAAUCGACAUGAAUCCGCUUGUUCCGGAUGAUCCAAAGCGAUAUGCCCAUAAAGAUGCCAUUGUUUUUUCCGUUCACAAAUUUAUCGGAGGAGUAAGCACACCUGGAGUUUUGAUCGCUAAGAAGCACCUCUUUAAAAAUCCUGUCCCGGAGCACCAUGGCGGUGGCACGGUGUUCUUCGUGGAUUCUGAGAAUCAUCGCUAUCUGAAGGAGAUCGAAAAUCGUGAAGAAGGUGGCACUGCCGCGAUAGUGGAAUCGAUUCGAGCCGGCUUGGUAUUUCGUCUGAAGGAUGCUAUUACUGCUUCUGUAAUUAUGAAGCGAGAUUCUGAAAUUGUGGAGCGCGCUUUCAAAGCUUGGAGCGGUGUUGAGAAUUUGAUUCUUUUGGGAAAUAUGCGAGCGCCUAGACUACCGAUAUUCUCGUUUGUUAUCCAGGAUGCCAGUACGAAUCGUUUGUUACAUCAUAAUUUCGUCAGCGCUGUCCUAAACGAUCUUUUUGGGCUACAAUCCCGAUCAGGCUGUGCUUGCGCUGGACCUUACGCGCAGUCUCUUCUUGGCAUCGUCAACGAGCUUUCCAAAGAGAUUGAAAGAACAUUGCUGGAAGAUCCUCGGCUAGAAAUGCACCGAUGGGAAGUGGAAUUUUCACAGCGAGAAGUACUGCGUCCAGGAUUUGUACGCAUUAACCUGCCGUAUUUUUUUACCGACGAGGAAAUCGAUUUUGUCUGCGAGGCCGUGAAAAUGGUCGCCCAAGUGGGCUGGAAACUGUUGCCUCUGUAUAGAUUCAAUCCCGAAACAGGAGAAUGGCGGCACCAAGACAACACUCUCUUCCAAGAUCGCAAAUGGCUCAGUAGUAUACAGUUUACCGCUGACGGAUUGUCCUAUCCAAACUUCACAUACAAACCCGAUCCUCCUGAAAAUUAUGCCGCCGUGUUGGCUGCAGCGCGAGAGAUAUUGGAGAACGCAGUUAAAUUGGCUUACCGCACACAUUUGGUCGAUCAGGACGUUGCAUUUGAUCCUAAAGCGUCCAGUUUGCGAUGGUUUCUUUUACCUAGCGAAGCGCGCCGAUUAUUGUGCAACAUAAUGCCACUGCCGCAGCGUGCACAAAUGCCGUUUAUGCCUCGUCGGUCUGGCGAACUUGGAUCAUCUUCCUGCUGUGAUCAAUCUCUUGAAUGCGCAUCCGUUGAUGCCAAACGAGAUCGUUGUUGUGUGAUUCGACCGAAGACAAAUGAACAAAUUAAAACAGAUAACAGUUAUUUAUCGAAUUCCGUUACUGCAAAAUGGCACAGCCCCACGAAAGCCAUAUGGAAGCCGAUGUUGACGGCUAUUAACGAAUUCGGUAUGCUUAAGGACGGCGACAAGGUUUUGGUUUGUUUAUCAGGAGGAAAGGAUUCUCUCAGUUUACUUCACGCAAUGCGGCAGUUCAAAUUUUAUGGAAAAUCACAAGGUUUGAGAAUCGAAGUGGGUGCCGUAACUGUUGAUCCGCUUACUUCCUCUUAUGAUCCGAGCUCCCUUAUUCCGUAUUUAAAGGCGCUUGAUGUCCCUUAUUUUUACGAACGACAAGGAAUUAUGGACCAAGCUGCCGCCUUGGAAGAAUGUAAUUCCAUAUGCAGUUUUUGCAGUCGCAUGAAACGUGGCAGACUUUACAGCUGCGCUCGUCGAGAAGGCUACAAUGUAUUAGCCUUCGGACAACAUCUUGAUGAUCUGGCCGAAAGCUUUUUCAUGUCGGUUUUUCACAACGGCCGGUUACGAACAAUGAAGGCCGCUUAUACUGUGAUAGAAGGCGAUCUUCGGAUGAUCCGGCCGUUAGUGUUCGUCAGAGAAAAAGAUACACGACACUUCGCCGAGAGUCGACAUUUACCGGUUGUGGCGGAAAAUUGUCCUGCAUGUUUUGAAGUCCCGAAGGAACGAUUUAGAGUGAAGCAAUUGCUGGCCGCACAGGAGCUUUUGUAUCCUGGUCUAUAUGAUUCCCUCAAAAUCGCCAUGAAGCCUUUGAUGGCUAUCAAGACAGCCGGGGCGGAAAAUGCUAUCACGAAAAUUCCCGAGAUUUUGGAUGAGUUAUUUCGAAGUCGGAACAUAAACUGUGAUAAAUCUGCUCAGGAAUUAAAUGGCAUUCACGAUGAAGAUGAAGAAUAGAUUUUUUAUGCACGAUUUACCGAAGCGAUGAAUAGUUCAAGAAUGGCAGUAAACUUACGCGAUUUCCGGGAUAUCUGCGAAAAAUAAAGUAAUGUUUCAUAAAAA